AUGGUGCUCAGGUCUACAACUGCAGCGUUUCUGAGCACGGAUAUGACUGUCACAGCCUGGAAGACCAACUUCACAACAACCAAUGGAACUGAUCAGGCCUUUCAUCUACAUUAUGUAGGGAUCAUAAUCCUGGAUUUACUGACAGCCAUCGUGUUCAUGGGGGGGCUGGCAGGCAACGUCGUGGUGCUCUGGCUGCUGGGCUUCCGCAUGCACAAGAACGCCUUCUCUGUCUACAUCCUCAACCUGGCGGGGGCUGACUUCCUCUUCCUUUGUACAGGUACCCUAAGAUCACUUUUUGAAUUUAGUUUUUACCUUAGAGGAAUCAGCAGAUUUACCAUCCCUGUGUUAAUCUUUGCCUACAUCUCAGGCCUGAGCCUUCUCAGCGCCAUCAGCACGGAGCGCUGCCUGUCUGUCUUGUGGCCCAUCUGGUACCGUUGCCGCCGCCCCCAACACAUGUCUGCCAUAAUGUGUGCCCUGCUCUGGGCCCUGUCCCUGCUGCUGAGCAUCCUGGAAGGGAACUACUGUGGCUACCUGGUUAGGAACAUGCAUCAUGUUUGGUGCCCAUUGUUGGAUUUCAUUAGUGCGGCGUGGCUGAUUUUGCUGUUUGUGAUUCUUACUGGGUCCAGCCUGGCCCUGAUGACUAGACUGCUGUGUAGCUCCAACCGGGUUCCCUUGACAAGGCUCUAUGCGACCAUCAUGCUCACAGGGCUGGUCUUCCUUCUCUGCGGCCUGCCCUUCGGCAUCCACUGGUUCCUCGUAUUCUGGUUUCAAAAAGAUUUUGAAACCUUUGUUCCUAGUUACUUGGUGGCAUUUCUCCUGUCCUGUGUCAACAGCGGUGCCAACCCCAUCAUUUUCUUCUUCGUUGGCUCCUUCAAGCAGCGAUGGUGGAAGCGGAGACACACCCUGAGGCUGAUUCUCCAGAGGGCUCUGCAGGACACUCCUGAGGUGGAUGAACCUGAAGAAAGCCUUCCUGGGGAAACCCUGGCCAUGUCAGGAAAUCUGGUGUCCUGA